AUGUUCGUCUCGGAAGUAGCACAGUCGUUCCAGCAUUCCAAUGUCACUGCCUUAGUUUACGAUCCUCGCACGCUGGGCGAAAGCGAUGGUCUGCCCCGCAACAACAUAGAUCCAUUAGCUCAGAUUUCGGACUACUCUGAUGCUCUUACCUUCCUUAAAAAACAUGCCAUCGUCGACCCAGACAAUAUCUCGUUCUGGGGAAUGUCCUUCUCUGGCCUUGUGGCCCUCAAUGCGGCCGCCUUAGACAAACGAGCCAGGUGUUGCAUCGCAGUGUGCCCGUUGACUGGCAUGCAACCUGAACCUCACAUGCUUCCCAAAGUUCUUGCCAGAUGCAUGCAGGACCGAGAAUCACAGGUGGUCGGUAACCCACCAGUUACCCUUUCUGUCCUGACAGAACAGGGGCGAAAUCCCGCCGGCAUGGGAAUUGGCGCCGACAAAAUGGAAUAUGACUACAUGGUAAAUGCCAAAUUUAGAGGAGCACCUAACUACGAGAAUCGAACAACUCUGCAAAGUUAUUACAAGAUGAUGGCCUGGCAACCCUUCGAGAUCAUGAAGUACCUUUCGAAAACAAGAGUACUCAUGAUCAUCCCGGAAAAUGAUACGAUUUCACCCGCUGUUCACCAGCGGGCGUUAUUCGACAGUUUCCCGGAGCCGAAGACGGCCUACGUGGCGGAAGGGAAGGGUCAUCUUGACGUUCUGAGUGGAGCAGACUACGAGAUAUUGGCGGAUAUGCAAGCGAAUUUUAUUAAAGGACUGUGA